UUUAACCAUGGCCAGAACUGUUCUGCAGGUUCUCGUAUCUUUGUUCAAGAGAGCAUAUAUGGAAAGUUCUUGGACCAGUUCACAGAGCAGGCACAUGCGAUCAAGGUUGGUGAUCCUUUUUCACCUGACACGUACCAAGGGCCACAGGUUUAUGCAUCUACUCUCAUCAUAAAACAUACUUUGACGUCCAUAAAGCGCAUCAUGGGAUACAUAACCUCAGGCAAGAACGAUGGUGCUACCUUACACCUUGGUGGCAAGCAGAUUCACCGAGAGGGAUACUUUAUCAAGCCAACCAUUUUCAUGGAGUGCCAGCCUGACAUGAAGAUUGUCAGAGAAGAGAUAUUUGGUCCUGUUGUGUGCAUCAUGAAGUUCAACACCAAAGAUGGUGAGAUUGUACUGAUGCACGAUCAUCGUACCACACUUGAAAAACGACAAAAAGGUGUAGCACGGAAGGUGGGCAAAUGGAUCUGA